AUGAUGUCCGAUCUUCCUGAGGAUUUGGUAGAGGAAAUACUCUCUUGGGUUCCGGCCACAUCUCUGAGACCAUUACGAUCAACAUGCAAACGAUGGAGAGCUUUAUUAAAAGAGCCAAGAUUCAACGAGAAGCACUUUAGUAAAGCUCCAAAUCAGUCUUGUGUUAUCAUGUUGAAGGAAUAUAGGCUUUGGUCGAUGAGCAUCGAUCUCAACGUUGUUCCUCCAUCUAUAGAGUUUAAAGGUGCACUUGACCUAAAGUGUUCUCGUCUUAAUUCAGAACAACUCGAUAUAGCUAAAGUGUUUCACUGCGACGGUUUGUUGUUAUGCAUCACCAAGGACAAUAGACCCGCGGUUUGUAAUCCGUAUUUAGGAGAAACAAGGUGGAUCCAACACGAAAAUGGUUACAAGAGAUACUCUAGGUUUGCUCUAGGUUACGAAAACAACAAAUCUGGCCGCACCUACAAAAUCUUGAUGUUUUGGGAAAGUCACCACCCGGUUAGUGGAUUUGAAAUCUAUGAGUUAAGCUCUAAUUCAUGGAGAGUUGUGAAUACUCCCAACUGCGUCAAAAAAAAGAUAUUCUGGCGUGACUUUGAAGGGAAAUGCUUACUGGAUUUCUAG